AUGAUCUACAACACUGUUGUGGACUUCAUAUUCAACGAACAUGGCCAUCUCAUCAGUCAAUGGAAUGAGUCUCUUCUCAGUUCUGAAAAUAUGCAACGAUAUGCCGACUCUAUUUCCAGUAAAGGUGCCCCUUUGGGGAAUUGUUUUGGGUUCAUUAAUAGAACUGUCCGUCCUAUUUGUCGCCCAAAAAGAAAUCAGAAAGUUGUUUUGAACGGACACAAGAGAGUCCACAGUUUGAAAUUCCAAUCUGUUGCCUUGCCAAAUGGCAUGGUUGCCAAUUUAUAUGGUCCAGUGGGUAAGUUUUAUGUUAUUAAUACUGAAUAGAGGUAGUUAAUAAACUAAUUGAUAAGUUUAAUUAUAUAUAUACUAGUUUUGUUUUAUUUUUUCUCAACCUUGCACUUGGUUACAAUGCCACCCUCUAUACGCAGCAAGAAAUGCCACAAGUCGAUAACUUGCAACAACCCUGUUAAAAUCAAGUUUGUUGCAACUUGUGAUCUGCAUACUUGUUGCAAGUUGCAUCAAGCUUGUGGACAUCAAGCCUGUUCUCAACAACUUGCAAUGAGCUUGUUCAUAACUUGCAUUAGGCUUAUGAUCAAGCUAAUGCAAGCCAUGAGAACGCAUCCUGAUACGGCUUGAUAACAAGCCUGAAGCAAGUUGUCAGCAAGCUUGUUGCAAGUGUGGCAUUUUUGGCUGUGUAGGUGAGAAUCCUGGUCAUAUUCCCUGAUGCACAUAUAAUCAUUUCAUCCCUUUCUAAAAUGAGUUUAGCGACAGAAUUCUUUAAUUUUAUUUUACCAUACUUUAAAAUUCUUUUUUAUAUUACUAUAGAAGGAAAAAGACAUGAUGCAGCAAUGCUUGCAAAGUCUAGGUUACUUAAUGACCUUGAAGAACAUGCCUUUUCUCCAACUGGUGAGCUUAUGUGUUUCUAUGAUGACCCUUCAUAUCCCCUUAGAAUUUAUCUACAAGCUUUAUUUAGGGACCCACCCACAGCAGAAAUGAUGGCAUUCAACAGAAGUAUGCGUAGUGUGCGUGUUGCAGUGGAGUGGCUUUUUGGUGACGUUUUCAACUAUUUUAAAUUUUGA